AUGUCUGAGCGUGGUGGCCAGCGUAUUCCGCUAGUUGUAUGGGAUCCGCAUAAGGAUGAAAUCCAUAAGCUGUACAUCGAACAAGGCCUUACACCGGGCCUGGUUAUGAAGACGAUGUACGAAAAGUACGGGUUUACUGCCAGCGUCUCUCAAUACAAGGCUCAGCUUGCGAGGUGGGGUUUAAACAAGAACGCAAAGCGAUCUGAAGCGUCAAAUGAUCUUGAUAGAGAUUCUGAACGAGAAAUUGAGCUAGAUGCUCAGCGGCACAAUCGAAUGAAUACCGAAGGAGCCGUUCGACAACUAGUAGGAAACUCGCCCCGGCAACUUUCACCCCUAAGUCACAUGCGCCCUGGUGGCGCAGAUGGAAACAUGGCCUUACAUGCUUCCUCAGGAGACACUGUGCAAUAUGCUACAGGAGACCUCAUGCAACCCUCAACCUGCGAAAGGUCCAACAUGAACAACUCGGGAACUUGGCAGGACCUGCUGCCAGAGGGCUACCUACGUUGCGGCCCCCAUGCGAGACCUCCAGCUACUGCGUUGCAAGCCGCGUGUCCGAAUGGUCACCUGAGCAUUGUGAGAACGCUGCUAGAACAUGGCGCCAAUCCCAACGCGCCAGUUAGUCCAGCCGGAAACGCCCUUACUGCGGCUGUUGCAUCUAGGCAGAUCAGCAUCGUUCGGCUCCUCCUUGAGGCUGGCGCAGAGGUGAAUGUCGGUGGCGACUCUUUCGCAACGCCACUGUCAGUUGCUGCUUUUCAGGGCCAUGUUCAGCUGAUCAGGCUCUUGCUCCAAGUUGGUGCGGACAUCAACGGCCCAUGCACGUAUUUUGGGACACCUCUACUAGCCGCCGCGUCCAAGGGUCACGGGCAGGUGGUCGACAUACUCCUGGACCAUGGUGCAGAUGUGAAUGCAUCCUCCACCAACCUUCGUCCUUUGCAGGCAGUGCAGAGGUCAAGUCGACCAAGUUACUUCCCGCCAGCCCUACCUCAAGACUUUCUUGGUUCCAAGGAUGACACUCGCCCGAUAACGGCUGCAGAAGCCAGCAAUCAGAUCACAUGGCCAACACAGGACAGCAGCAGAUAA